AUUCAAUAAUUCUCCGAUAAAAUUCAUUCGUUCGUCUAAGAAAAAAUUGACAAUUUCAAGAUUAUACCUCGUUGCACGUUCGUACGUUUUAAAUAUCAAUUCUCUAAAAUCCGAUAGGUAUGCCAAGGGAAAAAAAUCUAUCGAAGUUACUUUCACGGAUCCAAUGUACACCGAUCUUCGUUCACGGUACGUUAAACUUGCGUUUCCAAGCGAACAGUACAUCGGAUAACCGUAAUGUCUUGAACGUCCAUAAAUCAUCGGGCGAUACUCUACAUUGGAUUCGCUAACGUCGGAUAGCGAUAAAUCAAAGACGAAGUAGGACUUGGUAGUUCCGAUCGGAAGACGUGCGGAUAGGGAGGAGAUCGUACAUGGUAUAGGGAAAUAAUGUCGUCGUUUAUAGAAAACGAAAUACUUUUCUUUUUUCCUUUCCUCUUCCCUUUUUCUUUUUCCUUUUUUUUUCUUUUCUUUUCGUUUUCCUUUUCCUUAGGAAGAAGCUAAAAAUAAGAAUGAAAAUAAUUCGGUGCGGUUGAAAAUGAAUCUCUGAAGAAAAAUCUCGAGAGAAAUCUUAAAGAAGAGAAGAAAGAGGCGAGAACGCGUUUCGCGAGAGAAUAUCGCGUGUCAUCUCGCUUCCUACGAUCGUCCCUUUUCUCUAUCCCUUUCCCUUUUCCCGGAAGGAGAGACGGUAUUCGCGGAAGAAAGCGCAGCCUCCGCUGGCGGCACGGUUACCACCACCAACCAACUCCAUUCUCAAGCACCACCACUACCAUCACCACCACCACCACCACCACCACCACCACCACCACCACCACCAUCACCACUACUACAACUGGCACUAGCAUCUACCACCAUUACUACUACCACCACUAAAAGCACCAGCAUCAGCACCAGCAGCAGCAGCAACGGCGGUGGCAGCAGCAGCAGUGGCAGCAGUAGUAGCAGCAACACCGGCAACACUACCACCCUCGACGACAAGGGGAUGAAGAAGAGCGUCGGUAUCGAAGUGCCAGGUCCCCGUUAGAAGUGGAAGUGCCGACUCGAGUGCUAUUAACGAUUCCACUUUGAGUUAGUCAUGUAAUUUCCUCCCUCGAGAGAGCUUCGUCUUUCUUCGUUUUCUUCUUUUUUCGUAAAAUUUAUCAUUCGUUUUUUCUUCUUUCCUUUUGGUUAUUUUUUUUUGUUUUGUUUUCCCUUUUUUCUUCGAAAUAAUAUUCUCAUUGACUCUAAAAAAAGAGAGAAAAAAAAAAAAGAAAGAAAAAAAACGAAAAGAAAAAAGAAAAAAAGAAUACGUGGAUCGUCGCGCGUAUCGUCCUCGAUCUAAAAAAAAAAAAAAAAAAAAAAAAAAAAAUGGUGAUCGAAGGUCCUGCAGGAGAAUCGACGAAAAAAGUUUACCGAUUCUUGGAUCGUGCGAUCGAGAGAAAUCAGAUUUUAACGUAGUCGACGAAUAUGACGGGUGAACGAACGCGAGGAAACUCCGGAGUACGCCGGAGACACGCGUAUUCGAUUGGAGGACGCAUGUAAUCCAUAGAGCGUGACGACUUUGGGGUGGAAAGUUAAGUGAAAUGUGAGUCGAGGAUGGAGUUAAGGAUCAGCAUACUGCUCUUGGCGUUACUUCGUCUAUCGAGCACGUUGGAAAGUACGAAAGAGGAGGGAGACGCGGAAGAAGAAGAUGACGAAAAUUAUCCAGUCGAUGAUUACGGUGAUGAUUACGACGACUACGAGACCGCUACGAUAUCAAGCGACACCGAUUUUAUCGCCGGAGGCCCGCUACCGAUCUUCUUGGUCGAGCCUGUUCGUUCUUUCGUCGUCAAAGGAAAACCGGCGACUCUUCAUUGCCGAGCUGCUCAUGCUCUUGAAGUGUACUUUCGUUGCAACGGCGAACGGGCAGAGCACUCACAGCAGCAGGAUUUUGUAGACCCUCGUACCGGAACGAGGGUCGUCGAGGUUGAGUUGAACGUGACGAGGAACGAGGUCGAGGAGUACUUUGGAUCGAAGAAGUUCAAGUGCGAGUGCGUCGCUUGGUCGGGAUCAGGUCAGAUUAAAGGGCAGUCCGCCACGGUUGAGGUCGCCUACCUGAAGAAACAUUUCCUAUCGCCGCCAUACUCGUUGUCCGUCGAAGCCGGCCGCAAUGCGGAAUUACGAUGUACGCCGCCCUUGGGAGUGCCACCGCCUAAGGUCUAUUGGCUGAGAAACGGGCUACCUUUCGAGACGAUCACAGGCUCAACUUUGACAUCCGACACGAGUCCCAACGAAGUGUCACCGGCCAGUUUCGUACAGACUGCUGAAGGAUAUUUACGCCUUGGGGAGACUGAGCUUAGACAUCAAGGGAAUUACUCGUGCGUUGCUGAGAAUCUCGCAGCACGUAGAGUAAGCGAACCUGCGGUACUCACGAUUUAUGUAAAUGGAGGAUGGUCAUCCUGGUCUGGUUGGUCUGAAUGUAGCACGAGAUGUGGCAGAGGUGUACAAAAGAGAACGAGAACCUGUACAAAUCCGGCAGCCAUCAAUGGCGGACAAAUUUGUCCUGGACCAGCUACACAAAGAUUCGAAUGCAAUCCCUCUUGUCCCGCGGUCGAUGGCAGAUGGUCAAGCUGGUCCUCGUGGUCCGCAUGCGGUCCCGAUUGUUCGAGAGUAAGGAGGAGAUCCUGCAACGAUCCCCCGCCGAGCGAUAGCGGUCGGCCCUGUCAAGGCAAGGACGUCAUCGUCGAAUCCUGUACUACGGACCGAUGUAACGCGCUUGGACACGACGGCCCGAGAGUCUUUAAAGAAGCAACGAGAGCGGUCGAUCACAGAAACAUCCUAGCCUUAUGGAUAACGCUCAGUCUCGCGGCAAUAAUCUUAGCUUUAACCACGAUCUUCAUGGUUCGCUUGAUGCGCCGUAAAGAGAGAAUAGAAGCUCUUUAUAGCGUAGCGAGAUUGGACUUUCGCCGACCGGUUGAUCUUGCAAAAUCCGUUGUCUCGAAGACCGAUCGAACCGCUUUGACGGUGGACAAACGUCUCGAGCACGUCAUCGACGAAUCGAAUGCUUCUAGAUUGCCAAGAUCCUGUUCGGAACAUCAUUACGACGUGCCACAGUUGUCACUUCCAUCAACAACCAGACCAUCGCCAAGUUCCUCGGUCACUAGGUCCUCUUGUAGGAACUCUCAGAGAGGACGAGGUUUGUCCGACAACGAGGAGGGCCGAUCGUCUCGUAAUAUAUCUCAGUUUAAUCAUAAUUUCCAUCGUUCAACGUGCCAGGUGAAUUCGGAGAGUACAAACGAGGAUGAGAACGAACAGGAGGAGGAUGAUAGACCGGACGAGGAUGAGAGAUUGUCGAUCGAUGACGAACGUUCGACCGGUUUUGUGGUCAGAGCUAACGUGGACGAACAGGGUGCACUUUUGGUGGUUCCAGAAGUUAGUGUCUCCAUGUCAAUUCCCGAAGGUGCAGUUCCACGAGGCCGACGACACAGUUUACAUCUUGCCGUAUUAGGUGAAGACUCCCUGAGGCCAAAGUUACCACCUGGAUUAACUUUACUAUCGGCUGUUAUCGCGUGUGGUCCCUCCAACGUCGAUCUAUUGAAGCCAGUGAUUUUGCAGUUUGAACACUGUGCUGAACUAAGAACUGGAAACUGGGAGUUGAGUCUUUGGUCCACGGACAUCGACCUUGAAACUCGUUCGACUAAUUCCUCAAACUCCUCGACGAAUACCAGCCUCUCUCCAUCUAGCACAGUUUGGCGUAAGAUUUUAACCCUAGGCGGUGAACCAACCAAUUUACCUGGACAACCAUUCGCCCAACUCGAUCAUGCCGGUGUAUUUCUCGUAACGGAAACACCUUGCGCGUACGCCGUGGCUGGUGAAAAUUCUAUGGUCGCACCUGGAUUAGCCGUGAAACGUCUUUGCGUGGCAGUUUUCGUUUCACGUGAACGUGAUCGCGUUAGAUGUCAUAUAUUGGAGGACACCAAAGCAACUCUAAAACUUGUAGCCGAACGAGAACAUCGUCUUGGUGGGACGCACAUCGAUCACAGUACUCUUGGAUUUCGAGCGAGUGGUACUUCGUUACGAGUCGAUCUCGAGGAUAGAGAAAGCGGUUUUGCCGAGCGUCAAGAAGUACCAUAUCGUCGAGUAUGGUCGUCCUCGAGAUCUAGCAUUUAUCUUUCCUUUAGAAUCGAAAAGAUCGUGGCCGAUGUCAGACUUAGUUUUGAAUUCAGAGCAUGCCAACGCGGAUUCGAGGAUCAGGGUUUGCUCUUAAGAAUCGAUCUUGAUCUAGCAAAGAGGGGUAACAUCCUUGCGAAAAAGAAUAAUGGAAAAGUGGAGUCUUCUAUCAUUUUACGUGGAAAAAAUUCAACGAGGUCGACGGAAUCCGUAGUAUCUAGACCGUUCAGGUUUUCAAAGACAUUGAGGAAACAACUUUGUCAAUGUUUGGAUCCUCCUAGCGCUCGUGGAAACGAUUGGAGAAUGUUGGCUCAAAGAUUACAAGUUGAUCGGUACGUUGACUAUUUUGCAACAAAAGCGAGUCCAACCGAACAUAUUUUGGAUUUAUGGGAGGCCAGACAUCGCGAAGCCACUGCCCUCGCUGAUCUUUUGAACCAUUUAAGACUGAUGGGUCGCGUAGACGCGGCCAGUGUUCUCGAAAGUCGACUAGGACCUUGGAUUUAAAAAUAUUGAAAGUCACUGCCAUUAAAAAGAGACGUCAUUUAAAAGUCAUGUUAUCUUUGUAAAUAAGACGAAAUAAUAAAAAAAGAAAAGAAAAGAAAAGAAAAGAAAAAAAAACGGAAGAAAAAAAAUCAAUCAUUAUGAGAUGUCGAUGUAGAGCAAGAAUUGUAUAGACGGUGAUCGUAUUUGUACAUAAAGUUGGUUUGCAGCAAAUCAUUACGAGGAUCAUUAUUAUUGAUUCCUUUUACAAGUUAUUAAUCCUAAAAAGAAAUGACAAUUUUUCUCUGAUUGUCGAAGACGAGGAAAUAACGUAAGGCCACAAGUGAGGUCGUGGUAACGUGCCAAGAGAGUAAGAUCGGAAGUUGCAAAUGACAUUCAUGGUCCCAUGUGCCCAAUUUGCACCUGAAUGCAGAACCGCGAGUAACUGUUAGUCCAUGGUUUAGGGGAGUUCAACGGAAACUGGUUGAGCUUGUAUUUAGGCUGGUAUUUAGGUACCAUUUGGAGAUAUCCUCCAUCAAGGAGAGAGGAAGCAUUCAAGGAAGGCUCCUAGGCAUUGCGUCCUGGAUCAAGGAUGCGUAGGAUGCUCGAAACAAUGGGCAUUAUCCGUCUCCACAUAGUCGCAAAGGGUCGGGAAGGAGGGUUCGAGGAGGUAUAGGUAUGCAAGUACGAAUGGCAGACCUACGUUCCUCCAAUAGAUAUCUACGAAUUCCUUGUUCCUCUUCCUCUCCCUCUCCUAUUUCCAUUCUGCCACUCUGAAUCCUCUUCGCCGUUGGGAGUGGGGGAAGUGGAAGAUAGGGUGCAGCGGCAUUUAAUCACAGAAACCCGUUGCUGGUAAUUCCACCGGACAAUGCCUGUUGACCCACGUCGCCGGGGUCGCUCAUUGGUAAUGGUCACCGGCCGGCACCCUUUAACACCAACUACCACCGAUGUUUCUCCAUUUCCAUAGCUUUUACAAAUCACCUCGGAAAGCUUUCAUUGAUCGCUGUUUCUCGACGAUCGACCAAUGCUAUUCGUAGGAUUAACUCGUUUAAUAAAACUCAUUCCCCCGACGAGUAUUCUCGUCGAUGACUGCCUUACAAGAGAUCGAUCGUCCGACGUUUUCUAUCGUUAGACUCGCUCGAUGUCAGAACUAAUAACAGACUCGCUUUGUUUCAGUCACAGGGGUCAUGAUCUUUAGCCGCGAGAAAACCUCGCUCGGUACUAGAGAUAGUUUCUUCGUUCGUACGUUCGUACGUUUCUUCAGCGAGAUGAUUCGUCUAAAAGUAAACACGAAUCUUCUACUUUUGAGUGACGCUCGCCAUCAAAAUUAUUAAAUAACUGACGUGAUUGUUCGAUAAAUUAAUUCGAUAACAAACUUCUCCGCUGAUAACAAAAUUCACGCUUAUAUUUCCAAUUUAGAUUAUCGCUCGCCGUUGGUUUGAUUAAUUACAUUUCGUUAAUUCGGUUCUCAAAUUCGUUGUAUAUUUCAAUGAUCCUACCAGUCUUUAACGAUGAUUUCGUACGACAUAUUCAUAGUCAGAAGCAAGAACUAUAAACGUCAGAACGAUCGUUCAAAAGUGUCACGUUAACGACGCGCCUCGUAGAGUUUACGUCGAAUGGAUGGAAGGGGUUGGAGAAGGAGAGAGACAGAAAUAGAAAUGGGAAUAGGGAAAUACAGGAACAGACAGACAGAGAGAGAGAGAGAGAGAGAGAGAGAGAAUCGUAUAUGCAUAAUCCACGACAGAGUCGCAUAAAUCGCAGGCCCAGGGCCGUAUUAAUUUCCCGGCUAAUCGCGAUUGGGAUCUACAGGCAAUUACGGGAAGGAUCGACCAAUCAGAUUGCGUCCCGGCGUUUCCGUUAACGCGGCGAGUGUGUACGUUCCGGGUCACGCACAAGCGAAUCGAGCGCGUUACUAACGUUUGUCGACCCUCCUUGUUCAUGGUGCGUACAAAACGUCCACACUCAAAUGCCGUAUACAUCGUACUCGUCGGUUGCUUUACGAAUCCGAUUUACUAUUUAAGAGAAAUAUCAAGAAAGGAUAAAAAAAAAAGAUAAAAAAAUAAAAAAAUCAUUAUAAAAUUCUAAUCCAUUAAUCGAACAAUAUAAUAAAUCUUUUCCUUUGACAAUUCAAUCCUUAGAAUCGAUAGAAUAAUGAUAUUCAUUCGUUCUCUCAUCAUUGUAAUAACAAAUUUUAAUGAAAAUUUUUUUGACGAGACAGAAAGAGAGAGAGAGAGAGAGAGAGAGAGAGAUCAAUUGGGAAAUAAAUUAAAGAUGACGUUGAAAAAAAAAAGUAAAUAAAACAUUUACCCAAUGAUUGUUUUUUUCUUUUCUUAAAAAAAUAAGUUUUCGUCGAAAUAAAGAAGAGAAAGUAAUCGAUUGGAUAUCUAAAGAAAAAUGUGAAACAAUUUUCGAACGAAGGGGAAAACUUUUCGUUUACGGUUUGCGGUAACGUAAGAAAGAUUGUGAAGGAUGUGAAACAAGCAAAAGGAUCUUAUCGGGAACUAUGCUAUCCGAGCUCUCACACUAUCGAAAUUCAAUCGUGAAUAGCGAGGAGUGAAUUUUUGGAAAGACCACCUUAGCGAGAUGGAAUGCUUCCAUCAAUAAUGUUGGCGCAUCUAGAACGUCGAUAUUCGUUCGACGAUAUUUUUAUGACCCCCUCUCUCUUUUUUUCUCUCUCUCUCUCUCUCUGUCUCUCUUCCCUCCCUCCUCGAUUAAUUUGCCUGGUACGAUUUUUCAUUAGAAAGUACGGCCACGUGAACGAUCCAUAUAAACAACGAUCCUUUAUCCAUCUUUACGUCUCGCGAGUAACGUCACACGAACGAUUUUCGAUUACUUUCUCUUUUCUCUCUCUCUCUCUCUCUCUCUCUCUCUCUCUCUCUACAUAUACAUUUUCGUCAUUUAUUUAUAUACUUUUUUUGUCUUUUUUUCUUUUCUUUUUUUCUUUCCUUUUUUUUCUUUUUUUCUUCAACCGAAUACAUUAUCUGUCUGGGGUGACGUCAUAACGAUAACGAUCAUAAAAAUACAAAAAAAAUAUUUUGUCUCGCGAGUUCGCCCAUGUACGUAUUUAUGUAUGUAUGUAUUUAUGCAUGUAUUCACGUUAUAUACACGUAAAAUACGAUCGACCGUGCGAAAAGUAUGAUCGGCAUGGAAAUUUCGUUCGUGAAACAGAAUCACUGAGGGUCGAGGGACGGCAACAGUAGGAGGAAGAGUCAAAACCCUUUAUUUUUUUCUGUCCUUUUUUUGUUUAUUUUCUUUCUUCUUUUUUUUUCGUUUUUUUUUCUCUACCUGCACCAAAUUUUUACAACGUGUCAUAGGAAUAAGAGCAAUCGAUGCGCAAUGCUGCUUAAAAUAAUAAUGAUGAUAGUAAUAAUAAUAAUAAAAAAUAAAAUGAACACAAAAUGCAAGAAAAAAGAAGGAGUAAAAAACCGAAAGAAGAACAAUAGAAAUUAAAAAAAAAAAAAAAAAAAAAAAAGAAAAAAGGAGAGAAAAAAGGAACAAAAAGAAGUACGUCCGCAUAGUUUCGAAACAAUUUCACCGCAUGGAAUCUCACGACAUCCGCGGCUAAAAGGCAGUAAAUUUCGCGCGUGUUUCGUAGUUACGCCUGCGCGCGUGAGAACUUUCUACGGCAUCUACACAGAUAUAUGUAUAUAUAUAUAUAUAUAUAUAUAUAUAUAUAUGUACGUACCUACGUAUAUAUAUACAUACGUAUAUACAUACGUACAGUCGAUGCAAAAAUCGUAGAGUUGCCAUAGGCUUUUGAAGAGGAUGCUGUGGUGAGGGGAGGUGUAGAAAUGGGGAAGUUGGGACGGGAAAGGGGUCGGGUACAAGGGAAAGGUAGGAAAGGGCAAAUGAAUCGAGUAGGAGAUCAUUAUUCUAUGCUGACGGUAAAUCGAUACUGGUGGUAAACUACAAUUAAGAUGGGAACACGUGAGCGCCCGUACUACAGUAUUUCCCGCCCUGUUUUCGUCAUUUACAUAACAAUGCGUAACGUUGAUUGAUUAUUAAACGAGUUAAAUUAACGAGAGAAACGAAUGUAACGGUACCAUUAAACAUAACAUCAAGUUGUUCUUGAAAGAAAUGAUAUAAGAUGAACGUUAUUUAUGUGAUUUAUCGAUAAAAUAUUAUAUAUAUAAAGUAUCUAUGCAUAUAUAUAUAUAUAUAUAUAUAUAUAUAUAGACAGACAUACA